UAAUUAUAUAUAAUAUAAUAUUACCAGAAAAAUUACUUUUACUGAAGUGUUCUGAAGUUACUACUACUACUAGAUUCUAGAUCUACUAGCCUAGCCCUAGAUAUAGUUCCUAUCUAGCAGUCUAGAUCCGGCAGCUCUAACCAAUCGUAUCAACUUCAUUGAUCCACCAAGUAAUAGACAGAUCUAAAUUAGUAAAUAGGUCUAGAGUCUAGAUCUAUAUAUAUCAUACUAUCUAGACUAUUCUAGACUAGAUUAAAUAAUUCUAGAUCUAAUCUAGAAUUCUAGAUUUUGUAGGAGUAGACUGAGUUAACUGAGUAGAUGUCAAGACUCUCUAGAAUAUUAUAGAUCCAUCUUGAUCUUAUCUAGUGAAAUGAGUUUGAGUUUUUGGCACAUGGAAUGAUAAAGGAUAGUCAUAAUGAUAAAUGAUGAAUGAAAUACUUAAAUCUAGAUCUUCUAGUUUAGAUAAUUAUAAAGAGUUCACUUUUUCCGAUUCUUCAAAAAAAGAUGAACAUCAAGUCACCAUUAAAAUAUUAGAGGACAUGUUUCAGCUCCCAGGUGCUGAUUAUGGAACAUAUAUUUGGCCUUGUGCACCAAUACUUGCUCAGUAUGUGUGGCAGAAUAAAGAUUUGGUUAGAACACAGAGCAUUUUGGAGAUUGGAGCUGGUACAGGUUUACCUGGCAUUGUAGCAGCCAAGUGUGGAGCCAAUGUUAUUCUGAGUGAUAGCAAUACAAAGCCUUUAAGUUUGGACCUGUGUAGAAAAAGUGCUGAACUGAAUGGAUUGAAGAAUGUGACUGUCUGUGGAAUCACUUGGGGAGAAGUAACACCAACACUUACACAGCUACCACCUAUUGAUCUUAUUUUGGCUUCAGACUGUUUUUAUCAUUCAAAAGAUUUUGAAGAUGUAAUCAUGACCAUGUCUUUCAUUCUGCAUCGAUGUCCCAAUGCAAACGUCUGGUGUGCCUACCAGGAAAGGAGCUCUGAAAGGUCUAUAGAAUAUUUAUUGGACAAGUGGUCACUUUAUGGACAUGAGCUGCCCCUUCCAAGUAUGGAGCACUGGACAAGCUCUUAUGACAGCCAUUUAAAACAUAUAAUAAGAAUAUACGAAAUAAGGAUAAAAAUGCAAAAUAAAGUUUAUUGAAAUAUUUUCUUUAUUCUUAAUUUUAUGUUUAGAUAUUUAUGCUUAGGAUAAUAACAAUAUUGAAGACAAAUGAAUUUGUUCAUAAAGUAACAAGUGCAAGUAAAAGAGCAAGAUAGAACACAUUUUAGUACAAUUAUGUAACAUCAUCAUGAAAAUUAGGAAAUUUCUUUUCAACAAAUAUAUUUCGAAACAUACUGUAAUAUUAUAUGUUUUUAAUUACCAUACAUUUGUACAGUGUAAUUUUCAUACUAUAGGCAGGCUCAGGUCCAAUCUCCUUUGUAGAACCAUGUGGGGAAGAGGGGCUCUUGGAGGUUUCUAGGCUACCUUUACAGGAAACUUAAGCCCCCUUGAUAGGCUACCAAUUGGUUUUUACCACUCAGCCACAUAUCCCACUAAAAUAUUGUUACAUUUCAUGCAUAUACAGAUACCCGGUAUAUUAUCUGUAAAAUAUUUUUUAUUAAUGUGCAACUAAAAGACAAGUCACAAUUUUCAAUAAUAAUAAAUAAAAUUCACUAAGAAAAAGUUGU